AAUAAAUAAACCGUUUUAGUGUGGUAAACCACUUGCUCUUAAUCAGUUUAUAUAGUCUGCUCAGUCAAGCGAGACCUUUGAGAGAUUCACGCAAACCUUACUUUUCCACGAGGAAGAAAACUUAUAAGCGAAGUUGAAAAAAAAUACUACUUUGCAAGUAAAAUCUCUGUAGCUGACUGUCCUGUCUGUUCACGACUAGUGGGUCAUUUGUUAUUAAAAGCGUCUGUCAGCCUACUUUGCUAUCAGAAAAGAAAUAGAGACCCUUUCAAUUAAAAGCCGAAGCAUGGGUAAACUAAGUACACCUCUCAAGGCCUUGCUCUGUGACAAAGUGAGCCAAGUUUGUGGAGAUAUAUUAAAAGAAAAUGGAAUUGAUGUUACCUUUUCUGAAACGAAAGAUCAAUUUCAAGAACAAAUUGGUUCUGCAAACAUACUUGUUGUUAGGUCAGCCACAACGGUGACUUCCGACUUGUUAGAUGAAGCGAAACAUCUGAAAUUGGUUGUUCGAGCUGGGACUGGUGUUGACAAUGUCAAUAUUGAAGAAUGUUCCAAACGUGGUGUUCUUGUAAUGAAUACUCCUAUGUCCAACACACUGAGUGCCACAGAACAUACAUGUGCUUUAAUUAUGGCCCUCAGCAGGCAUGUUCCUCAGGCAGCCAAAUCUAUGAAAGAUGGUUUGUGGGACCGCAAAAAAUAUAUGGGUACUGAGUUGUAUGGCAAAACUCUUGGAAUUAUUGGUUUGGGUCGUAUAGGCAGAGAAGUUGCAAAACGUAUGCAGUCUUUUGGUAUGAAGACUGUUGGUUUUGACCCAAUAGUAACAGAAGAAGAAGCUCUGAAGUGCAACAUUACGAAAUUAUCUCUGGAAGAAACACUUCGCUUGUCCCAUUAUCUCACAGUUCAUACCCCAUUGAUUCCCCAAACCAAAUAUCUGAUAAACUCUCAAACCCUGUCAUCCUGUCCUAAGGGAGUAAAAGUGGUAAACUGUGCACGUGGUGGAAUAAUCAAUGAGAAGGAUUUGCUUUCAGCUUUAGAAUCUGGUCAGUGUGGAGGGGCAGCACUUGACGUCUUUGAGCUGGAGCCUCCCACAAAUUCCAACUUAAUUCAGCAUGAGAAGGUGAUCUCUACUCCACAUCUGGGAGCUAGCACCGUGGAAGCUCAGAAACGGUGCGGAGAAGAUGCAGCACGGCAGAUUGUUAACUUUGUGCAAGGUGUUAACUACACUGGAGCUCUCAAUGGUUUUGGCAUUAUGAAUGCUGUUGACCCGAAGAUUCAACCUUGGAUGUCUUUAGCUUACAAUUUUGGAAUCAUUAUUUGGAAAUACAUUGAAAAAUUUCUGAUGACUUCCUUCCAAGAUGUAAAACUUGCAGUCAAUUUAAAAGGUUGUGGACUAAAAACUGCUAAAGACAGUAUCAUUGGUGCUUUUUAUACUGGUAUCUUGAAAGAAAAUAACAGAAAUGUUAAUCUGGUGAAUGCUUUCAAGAUCUUUGACCAGAAUAAAAUGGAUGUUCAAGUGAAUUAUGAAGAAUCUACAGCAGCCUUUUUUUCUGUUGAUAUUAUAUUGAAAGAAACAGUUGUGUGGAAGAUUGGUGGAACUUCACAAGGGCAUAACCCAACACUGCUCUAUAUUGGGAACAAUUCUCACCUGACAUGCCCUUUGACACUGAAAGACACCUUCUUGUUUUUCCCAAUCAGUAAACAAACUGAAAUCAUUGAACAGUUAAUUCAGAAACAAGAUGUGUGUGGAAACUCUCUGUCUUCUAUAAUUAUGCCACAUGAAAAGAAAAAUGAAAGCUGGUGUGUUAUUACUGCUCAUGGGAAGCUGGAUGCUCCUGAAUCUGGAAAAGGUUUUGAAAUGUGUUUCCAAGUUUCAGUCUCUCCUCUCUCAGAAGUAUUACCAUUUUAAACAUUUGACAUGGAAUUAUUUGAGAAUUGUAUAAACAAAUGUCAUUAAAGUUAUUUGCUAUAUUAUAA